AUCAACUCUCUUUUUCUUCUUCCCUCAUCAACCCUUCAUCCUCAAUUAUUUUACUCCCUACAAACCAUCGCAAUCAUGUCGCUGUCCAACAAGCUUUCCAUCGCCGACGUUGACGUCAAGGGCAAGAAGGUCCUCAUCCGAGUCGACUUCAACGUCCCUCUCGACGCCGACAAGAACAUCACCAACAACCAGCGAAUUGUCGGUGCUCUCCCCACCAUCAAAUACGCCCUCGAGAAUGGCGCCAAGUCUGUCAUCCUCAUGUCCCACCUCGGACGCCCCAACGGCUCCCCCAACGAGAAGUACUCCCUCAAGCCCGUCGUCGCCGAGCUCGAGAAGCUUCUCAGCAAGAAGGUCACCUUUGCCCCCGACUGUGUCGGCCCCGAGGUCGAGGAGAUCGUCAACAAGGCUGAGGAUGGCUCUGUCAUUCUCCUCGAGAACCUCCGAUUCCACAUUGAGGAGGAGGGCUCCUCCAAAGACAAGGAGGGCAACAAGACCAAGGCCGACAAGGCUCAGGUUGAGGCUUUCCGCAAGGGUCUGACCGCUCUUGGUGACGUCUACAUCAACGACGCUUUCGGCACUGCUCACCGUGCUCACUCUUCCAUGGUCGGUGUCGAUCUCCCCCAAAAGGCCUCCGGUUUCCUCGUCAAGAAGGAGCUCGAGUACUUCGCCAAGGCCCUCGAGAACCCCCAGCGCCCCUUCCUUGCUAUUCUCGGUGGUGCCAAGGUCUCCGACAAGAUCCAGCUCAUCGACAACCUCCUUGACAAGGUCAACACCCUCAUCAUCUGCGGUGGCAUGGCCUUCACCUUCAAGAAGACCCUUGAGAACGUCUCCAUCGGAAACUCCCUCUUCGACGAGGCCGGCUCCAAGACCGUCGGUAACCUCGUUGAGAAGGCCAAGCAGAAGGGCGUCAAGCUCGUCCUCCCCGUCGACUACAUCACCGCCGACAAGUUCGACAAGGAUGCCAACACUGGCUACGCCACUGACAAGGACGGUAUCCCCGACGGCUGGCAGGGACUUGACUGCGGUGAGGAGUCCGUCAAGCUCUACAAGGAGGCCAUUGCCGAUGCCAAGACCAUCCUCUGGAACGGUCCCGCCGGUGUCUUUGAGUUCGAGAAGUUCGCCAGCGGCACCAAGGCCACUCUCGACGCCGUCGUUGACGCUGUCCAGAAGGACGGCAAGAUCGUCAUCAUCGGUGGUGGUGACACUGCCACCGUUGCCAAGAAGUACGGUGUUGAGGACAAGAUUAGCCACGUCUCUACCGGCGGUGGUGCCAGCUUGGAGCUCCUCGAGGGCAAGGAGCUUCCCGGUGUUACUGCUCUGUCCAGUAAGUAAAUAAUGUCCAAUUUUUUUGGAACACGAAUUAUAUGAACCUGUUGAUGACGGGGAAUGAAAAUGGAAAAAGGUUGGGCGGGCAAGGCUAGUCUGUAGCGAACCAGAAGAAAGUAAUUGAAUACCAAAUACCAAUAGAGACGUAAAGCCAUCAAAAAACAUCACAGACG